UUCGUAACCUGGAGGUCCGGCCUUAGAGCGCUAUAAAGCCAACCCAAUCCCCACUCUCCCAAAUCAACCAAAAUACAGAUUCGCUUGCGAAAGAGUAGCACUCAUCAAAGAUGCAGAUCUUCGUCAAAACCCUCACAGGCAAGACCAUCACCCUUGAGGUGGAGAGUUCUGAUACCAUCGACAACGUGAAGGCUAAGAUACAGGACAAGGAGGGCAUCCCGCCGGAUCAACAGAGGCUGAUCUUUGCCGGAAAGCAGCUAGAGGAUGGCCGAACCCUUGCUGAUUACAAUAUCCAGAAGGAAUCUACCCUACACCUUGUGCUUCGUCUUAGGGGUGGGAUGCAGAUUUUCGUCAAGACCCUCACUGGCAAGACCAUCACCCUCGAGGUGGAGAGCUCUGACACCAUCGACAACGUAAAGGCUAAGAUCCAAGAUAAGGAGGGCAUUCCCCCGGAUCAGCAGAGGCUGAUCUUUGCCGGCAAGCAACUCGAGGAUGGCCGAACCCUUGCUGAUUAUAAUAUUCAAAAGGAGUCCACCCUUCACCUUGUUCUCCGCCUCAGGGGUGGGAUGCAGAUAUUUGUCAAGACCCUUACUGGAAAGACCAUCACCCUUGAGGUGGAGAGCUCUGACACUAUAGACAACGUGAAGGCUAAAAUCCAGGACAAGGAGGGCAUUCCCCCGGACCAGCAAAGGCUGAUAUUUGCUGGAAAACAGCUUGAGGAUGGCCGUACCCUUGCUGAUUAUAACAUCCAGAAGGAAUCUACCCUACAUCUCGUGCUUCGUCUUAGGGGUGGUAUGCAGAUAUUUGUGAAGACACUUACGGGGAAAACUAUCACCCUUGAGGUGGAGAGCUCUGAUACUAUUGAUAACGUGAAAGCCAAAAUCCAGGACAAGGAGGGCAUCCCUCCAGACCAGCAACGGCUGAUCUUUGCUGGCAAGCAACUGGAGGAUGGCCGCACCCUGGCAGACUACAAUAUUCAGAAGGAAUCUACUCUUCACCUGGUGCUCCGCCUUCGUGGUGGUAUGCAGAUAUUUGUGAAAACACUUACUGGGAAAACUAUCACUCUUGAGGUGGAGAGUUCAGACACAAUUGAUAACGUGAAGGCAAAGAUUCAGGACAAAGAGGGGAUACCGCCAGAUCAGCAGAGGCUCAUCUUCGCUGGAAAACAGCUUGAGGAUGGCCGCACCCUUGCGGAUUACAACAUUCAGAAGGAAUCCACCCUCCACCUCGUCCUCCGUCUCCGUGGUGGUCAGUGACCGGUGACCGUUUGCUUCCAGUCUUUAUCAUGCUAUGCUAGUGCUGAUGUAUUUGGUAUCUAGUGGUUGUUUUUAUUGACUUCCUGUUGCCUCCCUGGCUGUUGAAAUGUGGUUCCUUGUCAACUCAAUGUUUCCAUUCUCUAUGUUUUUCUUAUCUAGUUUAGCACUGCUUUCAAUAUUCAGGUUAUCUAAUAAAUGAAUAUGAUGCA